CUAUGAGUUGUUGUUUCUGUCAGUGUUUGGUUCCAGCUGAUCUGACCGCAGCCAUUAUUAUAGUCAGCUUACAGCACGCAGCUCACACUAGCGCGCGGACACAGACUGAGCACGCGAGAGCAUAAUAUGGGGGAGUGAUGGCGGCGUCAGACUGCUACAUCGUGCACGAGAUCUACAACGGGGAGAAUGCGCAGGACCAGUUUGAGUAUGAGCUGGAGCAGGCACUGGAGGCCCAGUAUAAAUACAUUGUUAUCGAACCCACACGGAUCGGCGAUGAGACAGCCCGUUGGAUUACCGUGGGCAACUGCCUGCACAAGACGGCUGUGUUGUCAGGUGCUGCUUGCCUUCUGACACCACUUUCACUGCCCGUUGAAUACUCUCGUUACUUGGCGUUGCCUGCAGGAGCCCUCAGCGUGGCCUGCUCUGCCCUCUACGGGAUUUCGUGGCAGUUUGACCCCUGCUGCAAGUACCAGGUGGAAUAUGACAGCCAAAAACUCUCGCGGCUGCCCCUGCAUACACUGACCUCCUCGACACCCGUGGUAUUGGUACGCAGGGAUGACAUCCACAGAAAGAGACUCCAUAAUACGAUAGCACUGGCGGCCCUGGUAUAUUGCGCCAAGAAGAUCUAUGAACUCUAUGCGGUAUGAGUGCACUCUGAAGAGGAUUUAAAAACCAACAGAAAAAGGAGAAAAAAAAACCCUAUUCACCCCCAGAUGUGAGAGAAGUGGAAGUCACGAUCAGGCCCAGCAGUUAGCUCCACAUGUGGUGGGUGCUUCCAUUUUGAACUUUGAUCAGAGGGAUAUAGUUAAAACUAGAAGGAAUUGUUUUUUUCCCUUACAUUUCCUUUAAUUCUAUGUGACAACAGCAGCACACUUAUCUCCGUAGUACCCUUGCGCUUCCUCCCCUGCGCUCUACACCUGCAUCCUUCACACGCAAGAAGCUCAUUCUCAAGGGUAUGGCUGCAGUUCCUGCGGACUGAAUUGUAUUGGAGUGAUGUGGACAGACAUGUUUUGUGUACCAAACUCUUUCCCCUUUCCCUCAUAGUUUUACUGUACCCCUUUCUUGCUGAUCAGUACAUCACCCUUCAUUAAACAUUAGGAUAUUUCAAACUCA